GGGAGCGAGAAUGCCAAGCGGGAGACCGGUGGUCGACAGUUUCAUCCUGUCAGGUCCCACUCAACCGGGUCCUGAAAGAAAGUGUGGUCGAGAUCCCGAGCCCAAGACUCGAGCUGGUCGACCCGAUACUCGUCAAGAGCAGUGAACGCAUGAUCCAAGAGCAUGCAGUGGAAAGGCGCCACAUCCCAGCGCCCCAGCACCCAGGACCGGACUGGGAGCUGGGCGUCAUUGCUUGAAUCACCGCGGGUUGCCCUUGGCCGGUGGGUCAGGCUGGUCAGGCUCAAGGCAACGAUGAAUGCUCUGACGAUGCCGCACGACACGACGUUCGCCGUACCGCCGUCCCUCAGCAGAUUGGGCGGCGGCGGUCCCAUCUGGCCAGCUGGCCAUCUGCCCAUCUGCCCAUCUGCCCAUUGCCACCCAAUCUGGGGGGUCGGUCCAGGGUCCAACCCAACCAAAAUGGGCGCAGAUCAUCUCUUGUCGCGGCCCGUCGCGCCGUCGCGCCUGUUCCCCUCGAUCCCUCGCCUCUUUCGCCACUCCUGCCGCUCCUGCCCCGAGCCCCUUUCGGCCCAACGGUCAACGGGCCUACCGCGUGCGGCCUCUGCAGCUUCGCAGCGCGCUUGGCCUUGCCUUGGCCUCGAUAGCUUCACAACUGCGCUUCGCCGCGGCUCUGCCAAUGCGCGGCAAGGCCCAUCUGAAGCUUGGAGCAAGGAGCAAGGGACGUGAGUCCCAUGGGAUCCAUGGAUUCAAGGGACAGAACGAGAACUGCCAGUUCUCCUCUACUCGCAUCCUCAACCUCUUCACCAUGAUUCUCUAGUUCUCCAAUGGAUCCAAUCCCGACCAACUCUUUCCUGCUCCUGGCGCUCCACCAUCUUGCGCCGCUCUUCCCCACCUUGGUCACCUUUACCCGCUGUAUGCAUUCGUGUUCAUCGCUG